AAAACAAUAAAAGAAAAUGUGAGGAAGAGGGUGAAACAGAGUUGCCAACUGUCGGCGCGGUGCUGUUUUGGUCCUUCCUUCCGAGUAUUUUCGCUCUGUACUAUAAAUGAGCAGUUUUUUAGAAGGCAUCACAUGGAAAUGGCUCUGGCAAUGAAAGGAAACAGAAAGAUUUUGAAUUUUAUUUGAAAUCUUUAAAUUGCACUGUGUGAGGUAGUUUUCCUGUGAUGUUGUGAACUCCAUUUCUCAUGCUUUUUGUCUCUCAUUGGAUCUCGCCUUCUUUCUCUUUCCCUCAAGCAAGGGCUAGUCCAUUACUGGGUUUGUUUUUUUCUUCUUCUUUUUUAUCCCUUUGGUGAUAUUUUAUGUUAAGGAGGUGAUUUUGUGUUGUGGAUUGAGUUCAAGGAUUUGGUUAGGGAAACAGCUCAGGGGACACUUUGGGGGUGUCCUGAUUUUGUAGGGUAGGGUAACAAGCAGGGAGAAAAGUUGGAUUAGUUUUGUGAUUUUGGGUUUGGGAUGGAUCAUAAGAGUGUCAAUGAUGACGCUGAAAUUGAUCUUGAAAGUGGGUUGGCAGUGGUUGAAGAUGACUCCAAGAAUGUGUCUUCUCCAGGUAACACAAAACAAGGAAAGAUUUUGUUUACUGAGAUUUCUUGUAUAAAAGGUGAGGAUAGGUAUUGUGGAUGCUGCAAUGAGUCAAAGUUAACAGUAGUUUCAAUGGACAUGGUGAAAGUGAGUGGGAGGUUGUACUCAGUAGAAUGUGUGGAGAAUGAUACCCCAGAAAAGGAGAAACGAAAAAAGUGCAGUAACAAGAAGGCUCCCAAACCUCCAAGACCUCCACGAGCUCCAUCACUUGAUGCAGCUGACCACAAGCUAAUCAGGGAGAUCACUGAACUUGCCAUGUUAAAGCGUGCGAGGAUUGAGCGGAUGAAAGCUUUGAAGAAGAUGAAGGCUGCAAAGGCAUCAUCCUCAUCGUCUUCCAGUAGCAGCAUGUUUGCUAUGGUUUUCACUGUUAUCUUCUGUAUUGUGAUAUUACUCCAAGGCAUGUCUUCUGGGAAAAGUUCACUUGCAACAUUCCAGGGAUCUCCAGUGCCCGCAGGAGUAACAGAGGGUGGUCUGGUUGAUGUUCAACACCAACUCAAUCCAUCUUCAAGUUACCCAAAUGCACCUGGUUUUCAGUACCACAAAAUUGUACAGCAGUUCACUGGUUCAGAUUUGCCUGCCAAACAAUAGAGAAGAGACGCUGGUUAAUUAAUGUCAGUGUAGUGACACCAAGAAUGUCAUUGUCAUGUGGUAUUGUACCCAUGUGCUUCUCACCAAAGAUUUUUUUCCCUUGUCUUUCAGACUGUAUUUCACAACUAUCACGAGACUGAAUGUGAUGGACAAUUUUUCCCUGUAUGUAUAUUAUUAGUCAAUUAGUCAAUGGGGGGUGGGGUGAGCUAUAAAUUGCAUGAUGGUGUUGCUGGAUGUUACCUCCUCAGCAGCUGCUUGUUGCAUGCACGUUCAAAUUCAGAGUUGGAGGAGAUUUUGUUUUUCAAGCUUCACGCUAUAUAUAUAAUCACACCCUGUCUUUUUAUCA